CCGAUGACGCAGUCGGUUGCUAGGUGUGAAUGAAUUGAUGCUUUGUCUCGGCCAGGCGGCACCUCAGUUUACAGGUCGAACACAACAAAGCAGCAUCUUGUCCUCUUUGUUUUUUCCAUAGUCCCGGGUUAUUCGGAACUAAACAUGGCUCUUUAAGUUCUUGUUGACGUCGUUGGACCCGAAAAGAAGUCGUGCUUUGCUUUAGCAACGCACCCCCAAGUGCUCUACAGUUUUCCCGCAAGAAUGGAGUUUCAUUAUGCUUACCCUGCCCUGGUCUCUGUGGCCCAUCCCUAUCACUCUCAGCGUAUGCUCGGACUUGGACUAAAUCAAGGCGUCAACAGGCAAAAUGAUGGCAACAUCAGCUCAUGUUUGGAGGACUCUUCGUGUCUGCCCGGUAGACCCCCUCGCUCUCUCUCACCCACAGGCUAACCACAGCCAAUCACAGGGGUGCAGGGGGGAGGUGUCAGAGGAGAGCCCGCAUUUAAUUGGUGAUGGUCUCACUGACUGGAUGACGGAAGAAGUGGAUUUCUCCUCGUACCUCCCAAAUCCUCCUUCCCCUCCCUCCUCCACCAAUGCCUCCCUUCCCCCUUCACCCCUUCAGAAUGAUAUCCAGGUGCCCUCUGACUUGGAGGUCAUGACCUCUUUGCUGCAGGAGGAACUCGCCCAGCUUGAGGACUACUUCCUGUCUGAGCCACUGCCAGAGAAAGGGCAAAGGCUGGGAAAAUGCGACAGGGGUCCACUGCCGGCAGGUCCUCAGCCAUUUAGUCAACUGCCAUAUGCCUCGUACUCUGCGUCCACCCAAUCGGAGUCCAACCCACUUCUUGUUACCCUGGCAACCGGGGAGCUGGACCUGCUGAGCAUCUGUGGCGGGCCCAUAGGGCGAUCCAAAAUACCCAGACAUGCCCCGUACAGCUGCAGUCGCCCCAAUGGAUGUGGUAGGAAGAGAGUUCUGGAGGGUGUGAGGUUCAGUGAAGGCUACGAAAACAGUGCGUUGGGUUCCAAAGGAAGUAACUCAGGUAACUCUGCUGUGGCCGUAACGAGUAAUUAUGGCUGUGUAGCGGAUGAGCAUCUGGUAGGGAAAAGCUACUGCCUGGGUAAUGCAGUCGAGAUUAGACGAUGUGCUGGCUUAUCCAAAGAUGAGAAAAAUUGCUGUUUUAGUCAAAAUGCGAUGAGUCCCGCCAAGGUUGUUGGUGGUGUAUUUGGCUUUGGUGGAUCACUGGAUGCUCCUCAGAAGAAAGAGGAUGUGUUGAUGUAUAGCAUGAGGGAGGUCAGCGGAAGCACCGUGAACAAUGAGGUGCUGAGCAGCAUCAAGACCAGCGUGGAGUUGGCAAAGGCCACCGUAUCGUGGAAAACCGACAGCGGUGAAAGUAUUUACAUUCCAGCGACUCCUCAAUCCGAGGCCUAUAGCAGCUUCUUGGGGAACAUCAGCGAACAGAUGAAAACAGAGAAUCUGCAGAUGCUACAGCCUGAUUUACACUGUAAUUACCUUGAGGAUCAGGCCCCAGAAUGCUUUCUGAUGGCAAGGGAGAGUCUGAACCUGGAGACCUCAGGGCACAGGCAGGCAUGCAGGCUAAGAGAAGACCACUGUGCUGUGAAAUAUGAAGCCGACAUAAUUCCACACGAAGGCGGAGAACGGAAGCAAAAGAAAAGAGAUCAGAACAAAACUGCUGCUCAUAGGUAUCGCCAGCGAAAAAGGGCGGAACUAGAUUCUUUGGAGGAGCAGCUGCAUUGCCUUGAGGGGAGGAACCGCGAGCUACGAGACAAGGCAGAGUCCGUGGAACGUGAAAUCCAGUACGUUAAAGACCUGCUGAUCGAAGUUUACAAGGCACGCAGCCAAAGGCUCAAGCAGGACACAACAGCAUAACACCGCACUACUGCAAGUACACUCAGACCGGGCAAAGCCGAGAAAAUGUUUGAGAAAAUGAGAAAAAGUUUUCUCAUGAACUGAAUGUUUCAUGUUGUUUUUGUUUUUGUUUUUUGUUGGUGUUGUUUUUAUGAUGCUGGGGCCACUGCAUGCUUUGCUGAUGUGAAUUGUUUUCUGAAUUUUAAAUCAAUACUUCUUCAUUGUUUUUUGGCACUGAAAUCACCUGAGCCUUCACUCUAGCGCUGCAAUGCUUUACCUGACAAUCAUCUUUAACAGAACUUCCUCUUCCUCUGAAUCUACUGAAUAAAUUAGGGUUAUUUCUGGGGAUGUAAUAUCAUUUAAAUAGCAGGUUAUGUAUUUAUUAAUAGCCUUACAUUAAACUUGAUGUCAGCAAUAGAAGCUAAUGAGUCUUCUUUUUCUUAUUCAAUUGUUACUUUUGAAAUAACUUUGCUGUAAGAGUUAUGGCAGUAGAUGGAUUAGUCGUGUCUUGGUGAAACAUUACAGCUUUAACAAAAUCAAACAUCUUAUACCGAGGUUUGGACAUUUCUUCUUUAACAAGCAUUCAUGUGCUGUUGUUUUUUUAGGCUUUUAAGAACUGUUAAGUUUUAAAAAUGAAGAAAGAUCUGUGAAGCAAUCUGAUAAUUAUGUUUCAUUUAAAUAUUGCUUUAGAUAUUUUAAACAACUGUCUUAAUGUAGCUCUUAAGUUUUUCUAAGUUGAUAAUAUUUACAACUAUUUGCUUAAUUUCUGCUAUUUACAUCACUUUUUAUAUGACAGAUCAAACCACUGCAAUAUAUUUUGGCAAAAGUUGAAUGAAAUUUUCAAUUCAUUCUGUGCAAAAUUCAUCCUAACACUUUACUUUAAAGUAAACUAACAUGUUAUUGUGCUAUGGUUGAAAAGUUUACUUUGCAAUAAAGAAUCUGUUUUGCAGCUCAGGAUAAACUUGUCCUCCAGUUCUAGAAACAUCAGUAGAUAAUCAUUGCAGGAGGUAAUAGACUUGAAUCUUUUCUGUUUUCUCUCUCUCUCUUCUGUAGGAUUUCAUGUUUCCCUCUAGGAUUAAAAAGGUUUUAAAUUUGGAUGCAAACAUUGUAAUUAGUGUUUUUUUUUUUUUUUUACACACAGCCUUCCUCUGCAUGCUCCUGCAUUAUUGUAUUCUCCUUCUCUGAAAUAUUUUAGAGAUUCAGAAAUGAGGAUUGUCUUCUUAAACUGCUUAAGGCAAUACGUUUUAUAAGCCUCCAGCUGAGCUGCACUAAUUUGUAUCUUUGUAUAUGUUCAGGGAGUUGAAUGGGUUGAUUUUGUUCCUAAAAAAAAUCUAAAAAAGAAACAAAUUCAACAGAUUAUUUAUUUUUUAGCCAUCUGAAAUAUUUUUCAGUUCAUUUGCUAAUUAUCUAAGAUAAAAACGUUUUUGCACAUUCCUUAAAGUUAUCCUUUUUUUGUUUGCACAUUUAAUUUUCAAUCAUUUGUUAGCACAUGUGUUACUGUCUGUUUUGGCUUGAAGUUCAUGAUGUUUAACCCCCUGCGGUGUACUAUCAACAGAAAUUGUUCAAACCAAAAAUACGGGCCGGUAACUCGUUGUAUCUCUUUGUAAUUUUAAGGUAAUUUAUCCAUGUAUGUAUGUUUCUUUUUGUGUGGUGUAAACUAUUGUCAUAAAAAAAAAAAUAAAGCGUCAUCAUCGGA